CAUUGAUUUUCUUGUCGAUCUCCAGUCAUAACAACUUCAAACCACUUGCAGAACCUUAAUCCUACUGAACUCCAAAUAACACUCUUCGUCUUCAACCAGAAUUCGUCUCUACAGAUGGAUCCCCUCGCGCAAAUGACCACUUCCGAUCAGUCCAGAAAAUCCAAUAUGGUAAUUGAGUUGCUUAAAGGCAUUCAUUUUGUUUCUUCUGUGGAGGCCAUUUCUCUUGGCGUUCAAGCUGGGAUUCAUCCUUGGAUAUUAUACGAUAUUAUAUCAAAUGCUGCAGGAAACUCAUGGAUUUUCAAGAAUUACAUCCCCUAUCUAUUACAGGGGAAGCAAAUCAAGGAUGAUUUCCUUAACACUUCAGUUCAAGAUUUGGGGACUGUUUUAGACACAGCCAAGUCACUUAUAUUUCCUCUUCCACUUCUGGCUGCUGCUCAUCAACAAUUCCUAGCAGGCUGUAGACAUGGAGAUGCAAAUGGUCUUGAUGGUUUAAAGGUUUGGGAAAGAGUACUUGGAGUGCAAAUUAAGGAUGCUGCAGAUGCAGAAACUUAUAAUCCUGAACAAUUGGCAAAGCAAAUUGGUACAAAAUCACAAAGACCAAAUAAAAUUGGUUUUAUUGGUCUUGGAGCUAUGGGAUUUGGCAUGGCAACUCAUCUUGUGAAAUCGAAUUUCUGUGUCCAAGGAUACGAUGUGUAUAAGCCAACUUUAUCUAGGUUUGAAAAGGCUGGUGGCUUGAUUGGAAGCUCUCCUGCAGAAGUAUCAAAAGAUGUAGAGGUUCUUAUUGUCAUGGUGACAAAUGAAGUUCAAGCUGAAAGUGUUCUAUAUGGUGUUAAUGGGGCUGUUUCAGUUCUUCCACCUGGAGCAUCUAUUGUCCUUUCAUCCACAGUUUCUCCUGCUUUUGUUAGUCAGCUUGAGCUACGCCUGCAAAAUGAGAAUAAGGGUCUGAAAUUGAUUGAUGCCCCUGUAUCUGGUGGUGUCAUAAGGGCUUCUGAAGGCACACUUACGAUUAUGGCAUCAGGUACAGAUGAAGCUCUUGAGCAUGCUGGUUCAGUUCUUACAGCAUUGAGUGAGAAGCUAUAUGUGAUAAAAGGGGGUUGUGGAGCUGGAAGUGGUGUAAAGAUGGUGAAUCAACUGCUAGCUGGAGUUCAUAUAGCAUCAGCAGCUGAAGCAAUGGCCUUUGGAGCUCGAUUAGGUUUAGAUACAAGAGUCUUGUUUGAUGUCAUAAAAAAUAGUGAAGGAACAUCUUGGAUGUUUGAGAAUCGAGCUCCACACAUGGUGGACAAUGAUUAUACACCCUUAUCUGCACUUGAUAUCUUCGUGAAGGAUCUGGGUAUUGUGGCUCGUGAAUGUGCAUCACGUAGAGUUCCACUUCAUAUUUCUACUGUUGCACUCCAGUUGUUCUUAUCAGGUUCUGCUUCUGGGUGGGGACGCAUAGAUGAUUCAGCUGUUGUUAAGGUUUAUGAGACACUAACAGGUGUCAAAGUAGAAGGAAAAGUUGCUGUGAUUAGUAAAACAACUACCUUGGCAUCUCUUCCAUCUGAAUGGGCAGUGGAUCCACUGGAUGACAUACGCAAACUGGAUAAUAACUUGAAGACUUUGGUUGUUCUUGAUGAUGAUCCAACUGGGACUCAAACUGUCCAUGAUGUUGAUGUUUUGACUGAAUGGAAUGUGGAGUCACUUGCUGAACAGUUGAGAAGUAGACCUAAAUGCUUUUUCAUUUUGACAAACUCUCGUGCCUUAAGCUCUGAUAAGGCUAGUGCAUUGAUUACAGACAUUUGUCAAAACCUGAUUACUGCUGCAAAAUCAGUUGGAAACAACGAUUACACAGUGGUGUUACGUGGUGAUUCGACAUUAAGAGGCCAUUUCCCUGAGGAACCAGAUGCAGCUGUUUCAGUACUUGGUGAAAUGGAUGCUUGGAUCAUUUGUCCCUUUUUCUUACAAGGAGGUCGUUUCACUAUUGAAGAUGUACAUUAUGUUGCCGAUUCUGAUCAGCUUAUUCCUGCAGGAGAUACCGAGUUUGCUAAAGAUGCUUCAUUUGGCUAUAAAUCUUCAAACCUGCGUGAGUGGGUUGAGGAGAAAACAAGAGGACGUAUUCCAGCUAGCAGUGUUUCAUCAGUCUCUAUUCAAUUGUUACGUAAAGGAGGACCAACAGCUGUCUGUGAGUAUCUUUGCAGUUUACAGAAGGGCUCCACGUGUAUAGUUAAUUCAGCUAGUGACAGAGACAUGGCUGUAUUUGCAGCUGGUAUGGCUCAGGCAGAAUUGAAGGGAAAACGUUUUCUAUGUCGAACUGCUGCUAGUUUUGUUUCUGCUAGGAUUGGAAUUAUUCCAAAAGCUCCAAUUUUGCCUAAUGAUCUUGGAAUCAGUAAAGGAAAAAGUGGUGGACUCAUUGUUGUGGGUUCAUAUGUCCCAAAGACCACAAAACAGGUCCAAGAGCUCAAGUUGCAAUGUGAUCAUAAUCUCAGAAGCAUUGAGGUGAUUGAGAAGGUUUCUGUUGAUAAACUUGCAAUGAAGUCAGCAGAAGAGAGAGAGGAGGAAAUCAGUGAUGCAGCUGACAUGGCAGAUGUUUACCUGAGGACUGGUAAAGACACUUUAGUGAUGUCCAGUCGGGAACUUAUCACAGGGAAGACUCCUUCUGAGAGUCUGGAUAUCAACUUCAAGGUUAGCUCAGGGCUGGUGGAAAUAGUUAGGAGGAUAAAGACAAGUCCACGUUACAUUCUUGCAAAGGGUGGAAUUACUUCUUCAGAUAUUGCUACAAAAGCUUUAGAAGCAAAACGUGCAAGAAUAGUUGGGCAAGCAUUGGCUGGUGUUCCUUUGUGGCAGUUGGGCCCUGAAAGUAGGCAUCCAGGUGUUCCCUACAUUGUUUUUCCAGGAAAUGUGGGUGACACUAAGGCUUUGGCUGAAGUGGUCAAAUCUUGGGCUCGACCAGUUAGAAUUUCAUCAACCAAAGAUCUGCUUGCUGAUGCAGAAAAAGGAGGAUAUGCUGUUGGAGCAUUUAAUGUGUAUAAUCUUGAAGGGGUUGAAGCAGUUAUUUCUGCAGCAGAAGAGCAAAAGAGUCCUGCUAUAUUACAGAUUCAUCCUAGUGCUCUAAAGCAAGGAGGAAACCCUUUGGUGGCAAGCUGCAUCUCUGCUGCUGAACAAGCAACUGUGCCUAUCACUGUUCAUUUUGAUCAUGGUAAUUCCAAACAAGAACUUAUGGAAGUUGUCGAGUUGGGAGUUGACUCAGUCAUGGUAGAUGGUUCACACCUACCCUUGAAGAAAAAUAUCUCAUACACAAAAUACAUUUCAUCAUUAGCACAUGCAAAGGGAAUGACAGUGGAAGCUGAAUUAGGCAGAUUAUCUGGAACUGAAGAUGAUUUGACUGUAGAAGACUAUGAUGCAAAGUUGACCGAUGUAAAUCAGGCUCAAGAGUUCAUUGAUGAGACUGGUAUUGAUGCUCUAGCAGUGUGUAUUGGUAAUGUUCACGGGAAGUACCCUGCAAAUGGGCCAAAGCUUCGGCUUAAGUUGCUUAAGGAGUUAUAUGACUUGGCCUCAAAGAAUGGAGUGUUUCUUGUUCUUCAUGGAGCCUCUGGAUUGCCUAAAGAGCUUGUCCAGGAAUGCAUAGAGCUAGGAGUUAGGAAGUUCAAUGUGAACACUGAAGUGAGGAAAGCUUACAUGGAGAUUUUGAAAAGCCCUGAGGCUCAUACAGACCUUGUCCAUGUCAUGGCUGCUGCUAAAGAAGCCAUGAAAGCUGUGGUUGCAGAGAAGAUGCAAUUGUUUGGUUCGGCAGGAAAAGCCACCUAAUUAAUUAAUUUCUUCAACAUAUUGAUUUCACAUGAACAACAGUUUAUUUAAAUAUUAUUUUAUAUUUAUUCUGUGGGAUAUUUUUAUGUAAGUCAACAUAUAUUACUAAUCCACUUGAUCUUUGAUAUUGCCAACAA